AGCAGCGGCGGCUGACGGAGCGGAGAGGCUGCAGGCCUGCGGAGCCGCGGGGACGAGGGUCGUGCACAGACAUCUGCUUCCCAAUCCUCCCCAUGGCCACUGAUGACACCCGACUUUAGCCGGAGCCGCAAAAGAUGCGCUGAUUGUGUGCAGGAGGCGGAUGUUGGCGCGGAACAAUUAAAACCAAAGGCGUCUGAUUACAACAGAGAUGCCUUAUAUACUCUUGUUUGUCAAAUGAACGCGUGUUUUUUGUCCUUUACAUAAUUUUCUCCCCUUUUUUUUUUUUUUUUUUUUUUUUUGGUAAUUUUGCACCGGUUACUGGAUGCCUCGUGGUCCGGGAUUAUUUUGGCCAGCGCAUCUCCCCAGCUCUCUCCCCCUCCCUGCAUCAGUUGUCCUCAACAGCAGACACGGAAGCUCAGUCAGACGGAGGAUAUUUGUAUGCUGCAGCACUGUAAACAAACCAGGAGCUGUUUUGAUGGAAUCGGCGUCUCUGCUGCAUCCCGGUUGAAGUCUUCAAUCAGCAAUGUGCCUGGGAGUCCUUCAGCUGCUCUUCCACACCUUUUUUCUGAGAAUGGGAUCGUAGUAAACGUCUUCCUGGUUUCAGAAGAACUGUAAGGAUGUUGCAGCGUUCCAGCAGAAAAGGUGAGAGCCUGAUGGAAACGUUACCUCGCUGGGCCCUGCUCCUCUUCCUCUCCGUGGCUCUCCUCCGUCCUCCAGAGGCAGCGGGAUCGACGUUAAACUGUCAUAAGAUGUGCAUCUGCGCUUCAAACAUAGUGAGCUGCUCCAAGAUGAAUCUGACCACUAUCCCCAUCGGUUUGCCGCACUACACAUCCGUGUUGGAUCUCAGCUACAAUGAGAUAGUGCGGCUGCGAGCCGAAUGGACCCCAGUCAAGCUCCCGAAUCUCCACAAUCUCUUGCUCAGCCACAACGGUCUACAUUUCCUCUCUUCAGAGGCAUUCACAAAUGUGAAACACCUGCGCUACUUGGACCUGUCCUCCAACAAUUUGAAGAUGUUGGAUGAGUUUGUCUUUGAGCCUUUGGUCAACCUGGAGGUCCUCUUACUCUACAAUAACCAAAUUUCACAAAUCGACCGUUCAGCAUUCACUACCAUGAUCAACCUUCAGAAGCUGUACCUCAGCCAAAACCAAAUCUCCCGCUUCCCUGUGGAGCUGGUCAAGGAAAAGUCACGUCUGGAAAAGCUCAGCCUCCUGGAUGUGUCAUCGAACAAGAUCAAAGUGUUGUCCAUCGAUGAACUUCAAAUCCUGCCCGCCUGGCUUAAAAACGGCCUCUACUUUCACAAUAACCCACUGCUCUGUCACUGUGAUCUCUACACGCUCCUGUCCCACUGGUACAUUCGAAAACUCAACUCCGCCAUCGACUUCAAAGACGACUACACGUGUAUACUGCCGGGCCCUCAGAAGAUCCGAGUAGGUGUUUUUGAACUCAGUGGUGAAAGUAUGAACUGCAGCACAUUCAAGGAGGUGGAUGAAGAGGCUUUUCUGGAGCAAACAAUGAUCCUGGGCUGUGACACCAAACACAGGGACAUGUCAAAAACCUGGACAACGCCCAGUAAUGUGUUGGUGACACCUGGAAGCAACCAGACAGCAAAGGUCUUACCAGAUGGGAGCUUGCAGAUCAGUUCAGUGAAGUCUGAGGAUUCUGGGACCUACACAUGCUUUGGUAUGAGUGAGUCCUUCAAUGAGACUGUCUACGUGGUGCUUAAGGUUUACAACUUCACCAUGCAUGGGAGCGGGGAGGCUUUUAACACUGCUUACACCACCUUAAUAGGCUGUCUGGCCAGUGUGGUGCUGGUGUUUAUGUACCUUUACCUGACGCCAUGCCGCUGUUUCUGCUGUCCUAACAAGAAUAAGGAUCGGGGCGACGACAGCAUUCACUCCUCGAUGCUCAGUGUCACGCCCACCCACGAGGACCCAGCGCUUAAGGCUGAUAUCAACAGGCGCGUGGGGUUCAUAGACUCCAAGGACUCGCAGGGCCAGAAUGGCAAGCUGAAUCCCAAUGGAGAUGAGGACGAUGACGACGACGAUCUGGACGCAGAGGCUGGUUCUCUAAUGAAAGGGAAGAGGAAGAAAUCAGUAGCAGAGUCCAUUAGCUCUGUCUUCUCAGACACUCCUAUGGUGGUCUAAGAUGACGUUGGAAGACGAAAUUGAUGCCACAUGACGGAAUCUACAAUAUACAACAUGAGCCAUGAUUUAGCUAAUAUAAACAGUGACUGUAACUUUCCGUUAGAAAAUAAUAGAGGGAGGUUGUUGCAAGCAAGCGGAGAAAAGGAUCACAAAGGGAGUUUUAAAAACAAACUGUCUUGUCGUCAAAAAGGACAUUGAGCAAGACUUUUCCAGCAUUUUAAUUUGUAGCAAUUACUAUUCAUACUGUGAAGGGAUAGCAGCAAAAAUGGACAGUGGAAACUGCGAGUCUUAGAUGUUGUUGAUAUCAGCACUCAGGAAGGGAUCUGUUUAAAUUACAAAAACGUGUGAUAAAAUACACAGAUUGAAAACUGAUUUAUGUGAAAGAUAAUUGCUCAUAUCUCAUUUAUAUUGACACCUUGGCUGAUAAAUAAUUAUAUUUACUAUGAAGGAUUAGAAUAGAUUGCAUCUUUGGGUAAUAUUAGAGCACAGAUACUUUUACCCCCCCUCUCCUCAACACAGAGACAGUGUCUGAUGUCACCAAGCUAUAAACACAGGCGUAAUUCAAACUUGACUCAUCUAGUCAAACAGUAUGCUAUAAAAACACAUUAAAUGAGAUCCCGGCCCGAUAAAUGUUUUUGCGGUGCAGGAAAUAUGGAUUCCUCAUAUGCUAAACAUAGAAAAAAGCCCAACACGGGUCAUUUUCAUCCUGCUUCGUCACUGAUACUUGGUUGAUAUUUAUGUAUCAUAUAUAUUUCCUUAUAACGUUAUACAGUCAGUUAACCCAAAUGUAUGGUACACAAUUAUUCAUCAGCCUACAGUAUAAAUUAACUGUGUAUCAAAAUAGUACCCUUUUAGUUAUUAUAUACAGUAAUAACUCCCCCAAAGAGACAUUUGCAGCCUUGCACAAGGAAACACACGGAAAGCCUCCCACAGACGCACAUUAUGUGCAGAGAAGUAUUUUGUUUUGACUGAUUAUCAACCUAUUGUCUCAGUUCUGUACACAGAAACACCCCCAGUCCCUACAAGGACAAAGGGAGCUCCUAGUUUUUACCUACUGAGGUGCCACUUCUUUUUAACUUUGUCACUUGGCCCGGUUAAAAGCAAAACUUUCAGCCAGUGACAACACAGGGGUGUAAAAUACCAAAAGGAUGCUUAAGCCUCAAACGUUACAUUUAUCGUAUUCCUUCUGUCUGGAACAUGUGCACAGCUUACACAGAUAACUGUAAUACCCUUUGUCCUGGUUGAAAAGUCCAAACUGUAUCCGGACAUCAUCAGUAUGUUGCAGGUUUAAGUGUGUAAUCUUGUUGGCGCGAUAGUUCCCGGUGUCACAUUUAAAUGUAGUUGUUUUUUUUUCUUUUGCUGGCUUAAAUACAACAUGCAUUUAAUAGACUGGGAAUAAGUGGAGUCUGAAUGACAUUCAAACAUCAGUGGUUCUGACCUGAAAUGAUGCUUGAACAAUACUCAUGAAGUUGUACAUUUCUGGCAAAAGAAAAAGCUUCUUUUAGUAUUUGUAGCUGCUGACGGGUACUCACCAGUAAAGCAGCGGGCUGUUCAAUUAACUAUCCUUGCAAGAUAUGCUGUGCAUAUUCUAUUAACAGUCUUAAAGUGAGGGCUGACUUUGGCAUAAGCAGAUUUCAUUGAAUUGUGUGGCGCUCAUGUCCCAGUUUAACAAGGCUAGCCUUCCCUUAAUGCUAAUUGCAUCCUUUGAUGGGAGCUAGUCUCCCUCUACUUUCCGUGUCUCUCUGAGCUGGAGGGUGUCGAUGUGUUAUCGUGAGUCACAGUGACACAAAGGCAUUCUCUCCAUCUAUUCUGACAGCCUCCAUUCAGCCCAGAUGUGUUGGCUGUCUUUGUGUAGUUCUGUCAUUAUGAAGUUGCCCUUUCUUAAUCUCAAAAGCAAUCAUUCAACCAGGCAAUGAUUGUGAUGCCCUUUAACUAGUCUGCAGUUUGUUUAUGAGGGAAAUGCCUGGAGCUUUCAUUGAGCAUUUGCUCUCCAACUGAGUCAUGUAUUAGGAGCGUAUUGGACUGUAUAAUCUAAGCAUCUGUCAUACUUUUCAGUUCUUGUACUAAAAGUUCCACGACUCAACAGGAUUGUUAAUUAUAGAUAUCAUUUUUUUUAUCAAACCUUGCAACUCAAAAUCAAUUUACACAUUUCUGGGUGCAAUGUUGGAUUUUCUUUACGCAAAAUCGGUGCAAUAUUCACAGUUGCUGUGUGCACCCCAGCAUCUCCUGUGUGGGUGAGAAAAGGAAGUCACACUUGACAGAGAGGUGGUGUGUGAAUCAUUUCAGUCAGUCACACAUUCAGAUACCAGGUUGGAGGAAUAGACGGCAGCAAAGAAAUACAGACGUGCUCAAGUAACGCCAAAUUUAGGACUACUGCAGACUGACUGCAUUCGGCUGAGAAUCUGUCACAUUUUUUGUUUUACCUUUUAUACCAAGUGAAUGUGUCAUCAGAUUUCAGGGCGGGCCCCGGGACAAGAUGAGAGGGAACUCAGACACAGUAAAUGGUGGAGAGGUCUCGGUCUAAUUACAUUUGCUGUGGUGGGUGGUGGUCUAGUUUUCCAUGUCGUCACUCAAAAUAUAUGUUGCGAUUUUGUAUAGAGAAGAGUUAAAUGCUAGCAUAGAGAAGAGUGGCUUUGUUCUCCCUAAAAGCAAAUCUGCCUUCCUCUAUAACUAUAUACUGUAUACUAAAUAUAUAUAAAUAUAUAUAUAUAUAUGUAUGUAUGUAUUGAGACUCAGUUUCUGUGUUCAGUAUUGAUUAGUGUGUAUUAUGUUUUACCAGUGUAUUGACUAUAUUCUUGUAAAUUCCAGUGUGGUUCAUUUUGCAUUUUGUCUGCUGUUGUGCUACUGUUAGUUGUUACAACAUCCAAGUCUUAUUAUAAAUGUUUAUUUUUUAAGCAGGGUGAUGGAUUUUUUUUCUUUUUUUGAAAGGGGUGUAUCCCAUGCUUGACCAGUGACGAAAAUGGUUAAACAUGCCAUUUACACGAAUAGCCAUGGGAAAACAACAUGAACAGAACGAUACAUCCUAAUUAGGAGGGAGUUUUGUAUGUAGCCACAUGUUAUUUUAAGUCAGUAUUUGACUUUGCUCAUAAAGCCAUAAGCAAUUAAAAACACAGUGCUUUAGCAGAUUGAUGUUAUGUCAGAUGACGUAGGGAGAACCAGGGAUUUGGGAAAAUAAAAUAAUUCUCCCAAAUUAAGUCCUGACACCUGACUAGGUUUGAGUGACAUGAAGUAAAGAGAUUACUCAGGACUGUCAUUUCUAAAAUAAUUUGACGUGAAACCCAAGUACGUCAUUUUAGGGUUUUGAUAAUUGCAGCAUCAAGAAGAGCGUAAUCUUUGGUUUUAAGACCUUUGCUCUUCGCAGUACUGGUACUUUCACCCGGUCCUCUGAGGUAAGGGAAGAGGGCACUCUCCCACCACCCUCAGCACACAUCUCCAUUCAUCUGGCCAUGAAGUAGCAAUUAGGGGAACAACCAUGAGGUGGUGGCGCUAAAAGCUGGCUGCUCAAACAGAGUGCUGUUACAAGCGUCCACAGGACAAGAGCGGUGAAAAGCACUACAUAUAUUGACCGUAGGUACAAAGUUGAGAUGGUUGGUCACUGCUAUGAAAAAAAUAACUUUUUAAAUCUGAAAGGCCUUGCAUCAAAAGUGUAAUGGCUUUGCAUGGUAUGUUUAAAAGCUCCUUUGACUGCAGGAUACUGUAGAUGAAAACCAGUAGGCAUUAAAGAAAAUGACUGAACUUAAUAAAAGAUAUAU